AUGAAUCAGAUUUGUCUUGCAUCGAAUUGCUUCACAGUAUUUGAUGAUAGCUGCAAUAGACGUUUGAAUUGGAAAUAUUGCGAAAGUCAAUUCUGUUGUCGACAACUUUCGGCGGUUCGGUUGGAAUGUUUGCCAUGUAAACAUAAUAUUUGUUCAACAUGUAUGGAAGAAUACAAACAAUUAUCCAAUCCAGUUUGCCCAGUGGAAGGAUGUGAUGGAAAGAUAUUCGAAACGGAUGAGUCCAACCUAUGCGAUGGUAUAUGUAAGAAAUACCUAGAAGAAGGCAAAUAUAUAACGACAAAGUGCUGCCAAGCAAGAAUAUGUUUUUCUUGUUUCGAGACUAUAUUUGGCUGUAAAUAUUCUCCAGAUAGUGAAGAAAAAUGCCGUUCUACAGAAUGCCUUAAACGUUCUGAUAUAGCGCAAUGUCAAGCUGGAUUUGAAUGUAAAAAUUUGGCAGUUAGUGGGUUUCCAUCAAAAGAUGAAUGCGAACAUGCUGUAUGCAUGCAAUGCCUCGAGCAAAUGAUCAAGGAUUGUGAAUCUGUUGGUUCUCUACCACAUUGUCCUAAAGAAUCGUGCAGUGCAUUGUAUAGUGUGGAAUCCGUAAUUGCUAUUCGUGCAAUGUUACCCGAAAAAUCUUCAUUCUUCAAUAAACUUUCACUGGAUAACAAUUACUGUUAUAUGAUCAAGGAUGAAACAAUCACUCCUAUAAAAUUUUCGACAAAUUUCAAAUCAAUGCAGAGGUACUUUGAAAUUAAUGUUAAACUAAGUGAUGGUAGUGAGAGUAAGAAACUUCCAUUCGAUCGAGUUGGUACAAUUGCUGAUUUGGUCAGAGAAAUAAGAAGAGAAUUGAACAUCGCUCCUGAAGAGAAGGUUUACGGGUAUUACUUGAUACGAUCUUUGAGUGCCGAAGAUAAACCGGAUGAGGAUGGUUUGGAUAAACCAGCAGAGAAAUUGGAAUUUACUGCAGAAUCAAUCAAUGAAACUGUGGAAAAAUUAAACCUUUCUGCGGCGAUAACAAUUGUGGCCGAUAUGGCUGGAAUCGUUCAAGUUAAAAGUGAUAUUAAAAAUAGUACAGGAAUCUGA